AUGCUAUUCCAUGACCUCAUUGACCUCAUCACUGAUGUCAUCGUACUGUUAGUGAAGAUAAUCAGUGCAUACGUGGAGUCUGUGGUCACUGUGAUUAUAAAUGUGCCAAAGAAGGACGUCCGCAAUCAAGUCAUUGUAAUUACCGGUGCCGGGCAUGGGUUGGGCGCUGAAAUGGCCAGGAUGUUCGCCAAACUCGGCGCCAGACUCGCACUCAUCGAUAUUAAUCAGGAAAACAAUGAGCGAGUGGUGGAAGAGAUCAAAGAGUCGGGCGGACAGGCAUUCGCCUAUUGCUGUGACAUUACUAACGAGGAGUCGAUCGCAGAAAUUGCUAAACAAAUCCAAUGGGAUUUAGGAGACGUGGAUAUUCUUAUAAACAACGCUGGAAUAGUCCAAUGUUUGCCAAUCGAGUCGCUUGACUCCAAAAAUAUAAAGAGAACCUUUGAAGUGAACACUUUUGCCCACUUCUGGACAAUUCGUCACUAUCUGCCAAAAAUGGUGAGUCGAGGCACCGGCCAUAUCGUUGCCGUCUCAUCCAUUGCCGGACUCAUCGGUACCGCACAUCUCGUCGACUAUUGGUAUAUAUAUUUUGAUAAAAAAAUAUUUUACUUGAUUUACAAACUAUUCAAAACUAUCAGCGCAUCAAAGUUUGCGAUCGUGGGGCUGAUGGAGGCGCUGGAAAUGGAGUUGAGACAAAACAAAGCUAAUGAUGGCAUCAAAUUGACCACAAUAUGUCCAUUAGCUAUGACUACCGGAAUGUUUAAGAAACCAAAGUCAAGGUUCAGUUGGAUAUUCCCAGUGAUUGACGCCCGAUAUGUGGCUAAAGAGACGGUUAACGCUGUACUCAGGAAUCAGACACUCAUUACUGUGCCCAAGAGUGCACUCGCUUUCUACGGAAUCGGGAAAUGCCUCGUAUAA